AUGUCUCACUACAAUUUACGUUCUCGCCUAUCAGCCACUCUACCGCCACAGUUGACGCCGCCAACAUCCCCACCUGACGAGUCGACAGUUCCGGAGCAACCACUUCACCCAUCAACUACCAUAUCAAAACAAGACACUCCAAAAUCAUCAAGUGAGUCAAAACCUUAUUUACAAACUCCCGAAGAUUUUGUUGCAAGUGAAAAACGUCGUAAAAAACAAUUACGUUCAGAUUUUCAUAAACAAUUAAAUUCUAUCAAAACAAUCAGAAGAGUAACAAUACAUGACAGCCCAUUUCAAAGUCACCCAUUACAAUCCGAUGCAUCAGACACCGAAGAAACCCAAGAAACAACACUCCAGCCAUUAACGCAGGACCCACCGAAGGAAUCGCUGCUCGAGCCAUUAUCCAAUUUCCGGUACGACCCAGUACCACCGCCAUAUGGUAAUUUUCAGUGCCUUCCCGACGAACGACUACAGGAUCCAAUUUCCAGUGUUAUUUCGCAGAGACCUAACUUUUUCUUAAAUACCCCAUCACCUAGUGUUAAUAGUGCUAAUUUUCCAUCGCAAAGUGCUAAUAGUGACAAUAUUAACUUACGUAGGCAGACGCCUUCCGCACCUGGCCACCCUCCAGCAGACGGGGAACGACCGGCGAGAAACUCCCAUACCGCACAGACUUCAGACCCAAGAGGCGCACACGACAAUACAUCAUUCAUAUAAAUAUAGUGUGUAUUUCAUAAUUGUGUUCUUAAAUUUGUAUUUUCAUUGAUACUCUAUUGUAUAUAUAAUAUCAUUUUAUCGUUACAUUUUUGGUUCCCUAUUGUCAAUUUUACAUUUCAUUAAUUUCAUAAAAUGGAUAUUGUUAUUAACAUUUCAUUUUUUAUAUUGUUCUCUAAUUAUUUCAAGUUAUUAUUUAAAUACAAUGGCAACUCUUCUAGUAAUUUAUACAUUUCCCUCCCUUUAGAUCACCAUCAACUGCAUCACAUAAAAUACUUUUUAAAUACUUUUCCCAAAUUAAGAAAAAUCCAUAGACGCACUAAAAAGUUACUAUUUACCCACAUGUUAAAUAAUCCUAACAUUUCAUUUUCAAGCUUAAUUUUUGCUAUAGACUACUUCGACAUAAAUAUACUCUAUCUUCAAAUGCUCGACCAUCUACUUUAUGAAAUCCACCCCCUAAAUUUUCAAAUCUGCCAAACAAUUAUUUUAAGGUUCGGUUCAAAAUCCCAAAUAUCCAUAAUAGCCCACAAAAGAUUUCUUCAAUCAAAAUUUCUACCUCCCUCCUCAUCCAAUUUUUCCAUUACAGACAUCUUAAAUGCAGAUCUUAAACAAAUCAAUAACUUAAUGACUCAACAUUUUCGCCUUUACAAACAAUCCCUUAAAUGCCAAUCGAUCCCUAUCGAUUUUGACAACACAUAUUGUCGAGUUUGUCAUGCUUCGCUGAAACACUGUCGUCCAAAAUUCAAAAAACUUGAUCCUCUUGUUCAUUUAUUCUUAAGUCGAACCCCUUGUUGCCAUACACCCCAUCAUAUCUUCUGUUCCUAUGACACUAUACAAAACGGAUUCAAAAUUUGUAAAUUAUGUCUUCAUACUGUAAAAUGUUUCAACUGGAAACUAAUAAAACAGUAUAUGUUGGAACCCAAAUGAACAUACUAAACAUAAAAAUGUAUAACUAAAUGUGACUAUUAAAGUCACCUAUGCUAAACAUUAACUUACAAACUUUUCAAUUGU